AUGCACAGUGGACGGCGAGUGGAUAUGGAGACACCGUUCUCCUGGUCGUCCAGCGGACGAUCGGUCCUCAAGCUCAACAUACGUCACCUGUGGCUCUACGGAGUGUGGCCGUUGGGUAGUUUCCCCCUUUUCGAACUGUACGUCAUCUUCGUUUUCGCUCUGGGCGUCUGGAACUUCGUGGAAGCUUCGGUGUCCGUCUCCUUCAGCUGGCGAGAUCUUGAGGCCACAACGCUGGUGCUGACUAACACCUUCACCCUUUUCAGUGGCACCGUCAAGCUGGCCUUUUUCACGAGAGACCGGCGGCUGUACAACUCGCUGGUCCGGCGCGUCGACUCUCUGAUGUUGGUUCAAAGAGAGCCCUGCUCCAGAGAUCCUGCGCUGGAGAAGAUCGUCCAGAGGUCGCGUAGGCAAGCGUUCCGCCUCACAUUGGGCAUGCUGCUCUUCAUGGCAUCGCAAGGCCUCAUUUGGUUCCCGAUGCCACUCAUUGCUCACCCAGGAGAGAGGCGCUUACCCUUCGCACAGCACCUGUGGGACAACAACACUGCCUUCUACAAACUGUCGUACACUCUCCAGUGUGUGACAAGCUUGUGGAUGGCCGAGAUCAGCUUCGGCUUGGAUUGUCUGUUCGCAUCUAUCAUGAUACUGGUAGCCGCACAACUGGAGGUGCUCACUCUGAGGAUCAUGAAGCUAAAGGCUGCCGACAGCGGUGCAGAUGAAGGUCGCCGAUCGCUGAGCACAUCUUCUAUUGCUCGUGGGAAAAUGUACAAUGAUCUGUGCCUUUGUAUCGAAAGCCAUCAGCAAAUCCUCAGGUUCGUGAGGCACCUAAACGACACCAUGAGCCCAAUAGCAAUGACGCAGUUUGUCUUCAGUGUCCUCGUCGCAUGUGUGGCGCUAUUCCAAGCCACAUACGGCUCAGACAUCACUGGAGUUGUAAGAUGCAUCUCUUUUCUUCCCAUACCGGGAGGACAGGUUUACCUCUAUUGUUGGGCUGCUCAUCAUGUAACCGAACAGGCAGCGGCAGUUUCGAGUGCGGCGUACAGCUGCUCGUGGGUGGACGCAAGUGAGGACUUCAAGCGUGUCUUGAGGAUCCUCAUCAGUCGCGUCCAGAAGCCGCUGAUCCUCACUGCCGGACAUCUGUACCCGAUCAACAGGGAAGCCUUUCUUUCGCUGGUGAAUGCCUCCUAUACAUACAACGCACUGUUGGGUCAAAUGAACAACCGCCCUACAAACUGA